AUGGGCUCAAGUGCAAAAAAAAAGAAAGAGAAAAAGAAGGAUUUCCAGAAACCCAAGCUCAGAGUCGGAAAAGCUGCGCCAAAAGCUGCAAAUACAACAAGCACGAGCUUCACUGCCAAGAAAUUACUUGUGAACCAGCAAAUUAAUGCCAACGCCCCAUCGCUGCGAGAUCAAUUUCUACAUCAUGUCUCACUGCUUUCGUCCCGUACGGACAGUCAACGGAAGGAGUCACUAGCAUAUCUGGCGUCAUCUUUACAGAGUGACUAUCGUGGCAAACCACUACCACUAUCAUUGAAAGCCCUUCUAGAUAAGGUGCUUCCUCUUCUGCUUGACUCCAGUUCAGGUGUUCGUUCUGAAACAACAAAGACUCUGCAAGCACUGCCGAAGCAGGAUAUUGGCGACUAUGCAGAGCAGACACUACCCUAUAUUCGAGCUGGAAUGACCCAUCUAUCCCAGGAGAUCAGACGAAACACUCUUGACGUGUUAUCCUAUCUCACUGAGACAUGUGCCAAAGAACUAGUGUCCGCACCAGGCGGAUGGACAAAAACAAUUCACUGCUUCGCCACUAAUCUAGGCUUCAAAGACUUUGCAGAUAACGAGGGUUGGUCGAUGCACAAGACCGGUUUCCGCGAAGACGUCAGGUCCGUCACACGUACACUUCAAGUAGCCGAGCAAUUCUUGGCAGCAGGGCUUGUGAAGGACUUUGCGCACGACAAAGAGAACCGGUAUAGUGAGGCUAGCGCAUUUCCGCUGUGGGACUUUGCGCAUCACAAGCUUCCAGUCAAGUCAAAUCCUUAUGGGUAUCUGAACCUUUUUGGACGGCCAAUGGACGACGAAAGCAGGCAGCUUGAGGAUCGGGACGAAAGGGUGCUCGAAUUUCAGGAUCACUAUUACGCCAGGUUCGCGAAAAGCUUGAGCAAGGCGAAACACGAGGGUGGUGAUGUUGGAAGAUCUGCAGGACAGUUGCUGAAAGUGAUAGAUUCUGCUUGCAAGGCUGAGUGA